CUCGGCGGCGGCGGCGGCGGCGACAUGGAGAGCGGGGCCUACGGCGCGGCCAACGCGGGCGGCUCCUUCGACCUGAGGCGCUUCGUGUCGCAGCCUCAGGUGGUGACGCGCAUCGUGAGCAUGGUCUUGGCCUUGAUCGUGUUCUCCUGCAUCUUCGGCGAGGGCUACAGCAACACUCAUGAUACUGAGCAGUUAUACUGUGUAUUCAACCGGAACGAGGAUGCCUGCCGCUACGGCAGUGCCAUUGGGGUACUGGCCUUCCUGGCCUCAGCCUUCUUCCUCGUGGUGGACGCCCUUUUCUCCCAGAUAAGCAAUGCUACUGAUCGCAAGUACCUGGUCAUUGGUGAUCUGCUCUUCUCAGCUCUCUGGACUUUCCUGUGGUUUGUUGGCUUCUGCUUCCUGACCAACCAGUGGGCAGCCACCAAAGCUGAGGAUGUGCUGGUGGGAGCCGACUCAGCACGGGCCGCCAUCACCUUCAGCUUCUUCUCCAUCUUUUCCUGGGGUGUGCUGGCUUCCCUGGCCUACCAGCGCUACAAGGCUGGAGUGGACGCCUUCAUUGAAAACUACGUGGACCCCACUCCAGACCCCAACACUGCCUACGCCUCCUACCCCAGUUCCUCGGUGGAAAACUACCAGCAGCCCCCCUUCACCCAGAACGUGGAGACCACUGAGGGCUACCAGCCUCCCCCUGUGUACUGAGCAGCCAGGGGAAGUCAGGGAGAGUGCUUGGGGCCGCUCCUCUCCCCUGGACUUCUCUUUGGAGGUUUGCUGCCUGGAACUGCAGUCCCUUCUGUUCGAGUUGACAGCCAAAGAGCCCAUUUUUGCAUUCUAGCUGCGGCUCGACUGCCCACCUGAAGUGCCUGUGCCCACCCGAUCCUCCAGGGAAUUUUUUCAGGAAAGGGUUUUCACUAAGAUGUUAUCUCUCUCUGCCAGGCCCCGGUACCGGGGAUGGCGCCCAGGGCCUUGAAUUUGCUUAGCCAGUGCCACCAUUGAGCUGUGUGCUCGGCUCAUGUUGCUUUUGAUAACCCUGAACCCCAUCUCAGCCAGAAGCAGGUGCCUGCUUUUGACAUAUGCCAUAGUUUCCCCUCAGCUGGAAGGCUGAGCUCAGCUUGAGGCUUUUUUUUUUCUUCCAAAGACAAGGUUGGGGUCCAUGCACUAUCGCCUUGGAGUGCUGGGCUUAGGCUACACACUCCCUCACUCAGGGCCACUACCCAGCUUUGGCUGGACUCUGUGCUCACUGCUGUCUUCUGGGGUCACCACUAUCCCAACUGUCCCCAGACUGCUUGCCUGGCGGUCGUGGAGCAGGUGGGGGACUGGAUAUCUUUCUCCUCCCGCCCUGGCAGGAGGAAGCUUUGUCUGGAGAAUACCCAGAAUUAAUAUUUACAUUGAGUAUGUAAAUAUUCCCCAGCAGCUAUUAGACGCCAUCGAGGAGGGCAGGCACCCCUGCACUGAAUGUAUUGGAGACUUGGUGGGGACACCCUGCCCUCGGGUUCUGUAGACUAGUUGGGGAUGAAAUAAACGUUUUUUUUCUCA